ACCCACAGGCCCCAGACUCUCCCAGGGCUCGGAGACGCUGAAGAGAGGCGCAGGGGCCCCGGAGCAGAGAGAAGUCAGUACAAAAUAGCUCAGAGCCUCUGGCCAACCAGAGCUGGCUUGACUCAGAUCCACCUUCUCCCAGGUGAUUGGCCCCGAGGGGGUUCCCAGCCCCCACCCCAUCCUGGGGCCAGCCUCCUCCAGCAGGCACCGCCCCCAAAGGAGUCCCCCUCAGGGCAGUUCAUCCUUCCUGGCUUCUGUGGGUGUGGUUUCUGAUAGAUUGCCUGGAGCUGCCUUGUCCCAGUCGCCAGGAACUGGUCAUUUCUGCCCUGGCUCCGAGCUAGAGACUUCUUCCUGGCAGGCUCUCCCCACGGCUUCUCGACAUGGUCCUCAAGGAGAGGCUUGGGACUUGGAAGAGACUCUUCUGGCGGCUGAUCCUAUUUGCACUUGGCCUCUUAGGGCUGUACCUGUAUGGGCUCCCUGUAGUCAGGCAUCUGGAAGUCCUCAUCCCCAUGGGUGUCUGUCCUUCCGCCAGAAUGGCCCUGCUGAGGGACAACUUCACGGGUCUCUUGCAUCCCUGGGCCCGGCCUGAAGUCCCGACCUGUACUUCCUGGGGGGCCCCCAUUCUUUGGGAUGGCACCUUCGACCCAGCUGUGGCCCAGCAAGAGGCUCUACAGCAGAACCUCACCAUUGGUCUGACUGUCUUUGCUGUAGGCAGGUACCUGGAGAAGUACCUGGCGCGCUUCCUGGAGACGGCCGAGCGGCACUUCAUGGUGGGCCAGCGCGUGGUGUACUACGUGUUCACCGAGCGCCCGGGCGCCGUGCCCCGCGUGGCGCUGGCCCCGGGCCGCCAGCUGCGCGUGGAGCGCGUGGCCCGCGAGCCGCGCUGGCAGGACGUGUCCAUGCAGCGCAUGCGCACGCUGCGCGAGGCGCUGGACGGGCGGCUGGGCCGCGAGGCGCGCUUCGUGCUCUGCAUGGACGUGGACCAGUACUUCCGCGGCGCCUUCGGGCCCGAGGCGCUGGCCGAGUCGGUGGCGCAGCUGCACUCCUGGCACUACCACUGGCCGCGGUGGCUGCUGCCCUACGAGCGCGACGCGCGCUCGGCCGCCGCUCUGGCGCGGGGCGAGGGCGACUUCUACUACCACGCGGCCGUGUUCGGGGGCAGCGUGGCGGCGCUGCGCGGGCUGACGGCGCAGUGCGCGCGGGGCCUGCGGCGGGACCGCGAGCGCGGCCUGGAGGCGCGCUGGCACGACGAGAGCCACCUCAACAAGUUCUUCUGGCUGCACAAGCCCGCCAAGGUGCUGUCGCCCGAGUUCUGCUGGAGCCCCGACGUCGGCUCGCGGGCCGAGAUCCGCCGGCCGCGCCUGCUCUGGGCGCCCAAGGAGUACGCCCUGGUGCGCGACGAGGCGCCCCCGCCGGGCCGGGAAGGGGCCCCCUGAAGCCCUGGGGGCGCCUGGAGGGCAGCCGGAGCUGGGACCGAAGCGGCCCCGCCCGCUCCGCCGCGUGCCCGGCGGUGGGAUCGCAGCGGUGGGAGGAGGAGGCCCGGGCCUUUGGGGAGCUUGCUGUUCUACGGGAGGGGAAGGGGCCUGUCCCCCACUUUUCAACAGCGACCGACGAAGCUCCGAGGACCGGCAGCGCCUCGCAAGCCGCCCCUCGCCUCUGACCUUACCGGAUUCGGCCGUGCCUCCUCCGGCAGAGCGGUUUUAGCCCCUCCCUCCCCCUUUCUGAUAAGGAGACUGUAGCCCGAAAAGGGAGCAUAACUGCCUGCGGCACAGAGAGGCUGUAAGUCAGUCAGUCCGUCUGGGCGGCAGCUGGAGAGCCAAGACUGACCCUCACUCCAGAGAGUAGCUUCUGGGUGAACAGGAGAAAGCUGCUGUCACAGAAGAAACAUGGUGACAUUUGAGUCCUUGGCUUGGCCCUUCCCCCAUCCCCCCUAAGC